AUGAUUAUCAUGGAUUCUUUGUUUGGCCCUAGGGUAAUAACUCUAUUAACCAACGUGCCAAUUUUUAGUGAUGGUGUGCCUAUUUCACCACAUAUUAUUAAACGAACAUGUGGUACAUAUUCUUUAUCUGAUGCUGAAUCAUUGUUUAAAGACUGCAAGUUCAAAAUUGCCUUGGUAAACCAACUGUGUGGUAUUGGCAGCGAUAAUAUACACUGCAUAACAAUUGUUGAUUUUAUGAUGAGUGACAACUUGACAGCUAUAGAUACUACUUUUAUCAUUCAUAGUGAUAAAAAUGAAAUAAAAAAUACAAUUAGCAAACUAAUUUCCGAAGACAAUAUUACUAUAUCGAAAAAUCACAUAUUAAGCAGUUAUCUGCUAACAGAGGAUGAUUAUUACACAGAGUUGUCGUUUCUAAUGCACAUUAUUUUUGGCCCUCCAGAGUGGAUUUAUAACAUAAAUUACAACUACUGGACUCAUCAACAUUGGGCCAAUUGCUGUAAAUCAUCUACUUUUAAAUAUCACAAAGUUGAACUUCCAGAAUGUUUUGUCAAAUACUUAAACUCUAACACUUUCUACGUCCCAGAUAAUUUGGCAUGUGGAAAAUACAUUGUCAAAUCUGAUUCUGAGAGUGAAUUACACUACUCAGAUAAUGAACUAUCACCAAAUGAUUCUGUUGACUCUGUUAUUUCACUAUCAGACCCAGAACUAAAUCAUCCGAUUAUUGCAAUAUCUGGCGUAUUAAGGAAACAUGCUGGAUGUAUGGUUAAAUAUCGCAAUAUAUUUGUUCUAGAUGGAUGUUGGAUUAUAAAUAAUUCCUACACUGUAACAAAUGAGAGGGAUGUAAUAUUAUUACUCAAGUCAUCGUGCAAGUGGCGAGAUUGUAGUUAUCAGGAGGGAGAAUUGUAUCUAGUUGAACGGCGUAAAAUUGAUCCAAGUAAUGAGUUUCGUCUGUACUACAUUGACAACAGUUUAGUGGCAAUAUCGCAACUUCACUCGCACAUAAAGUUGCCUUAUUUGCAAAAUCCAAACAACCGUAUUGAAGUUGUCACUAAUAUAAUACAGUUAAAUAAUGAAAUACAAAAUAUAAUCCGCGAAUUAAGACUUCAAUAUUGUGCUGUAGAUGUUGCCCUAGGAAGUGAUGAAUUCAUUAUAGACAUUUUGCCUUGGGGUUGGAACGGACCUUUGGCCCAUGAGCCAUUGCUAGAUUGGCGAGAUUUGAGAUUAUUAUACAUUGCCAAUUAUAAGUUUGAAUUGAGGCAAUUAUUCAGAUGCGGUGUUGAAGCGAUAAAAAAUGUCUAUUUUUUGUACAUUGAGUCUGAUAAUCAAGUAAGGAAUGGGCCCUUUGGCAAUAGUGUACACCCGGAUGAUAUUUGUGAAUUGGAAUAUCAGUUCAGUUAG